GAAUACCUGCUUUAUCUACUUAUUUUUUUCCAACUACACACGCUUGUCUUGGCUCCAAGGUUUAUCAGAAACAAAGAAGAAAUAGGCUGGAUUACAUAAAAAUAUGUUUCAGGCAGAUUAACACAUUACUUAUUCCUCAUUAAAGAUCUGUCUUAACCAAAGAGCUAAGAAGUUUGAAUCAGGCCUGGCUUGGAGAAAGGCGGCCACCCCCCUCUUCUCUUUCUCCAAGGCGAUUUUCCAAUCCUAGUCAAAUGGUGGUGCUAGUUCUUUAUUUUUGAGUGGCUGCAUUUCCUAAUUUCAUGGUCGUAGCAGCCUGUGUACAGGCUCAGAACGGCUCUCCCCCCAGCUGAAAAUGCAGACUCCAGGCUCAGAAGCUCCUCACCGGGCUUGAAAGGGUCCCACUCCUUUCUCCUGCCCUUUCUAUAGCAUCAGAGGACACUGUCUGAGUGACUUUCUUCUCUACAAGUGGCCCGUCGGCUGCUGAGCCUUCUGCCGUGCGGGGAGAAAAAUAUGCGCCUCUCCAGUGGCCACUGACCAUGACCAUGACCCUCCACACGAAAGCGUCCGGCAUGACUAUGCUGCACCAGAUCCAAGGGAACGAGCUGGAACCGCUGAGCCGCCCACAGCUCAAGAUCCCCCUGGAGCGGCCCCUGGGCGACAUGUACGUGGACAGCAGCAAGCCCGCCAUGUACAGCUACCCCGAGGGGGCCGCGUACGACUUCAACGCCGCGGCCGCCGCUUCCGCGCCCGGCUACGGCCAGUCUGGCCUCGCUUACGGCCCGGUGGCUGAGGCGGCGGCGUUCGGCGCCAACGGCAUGGGGGGCUUCCCGCCGCUCACCAGCGUGUCCCCGAGCCCGCUCAUGCUCCUGCACUCACCGCCGCAACUCUCGCCCUUCCUGCACCCGCAUGGCCAGCAGGUGCCCUACUACCUGGAGAACGAGCAGGGCGGCUACGCUGUGCGCGAGCCCGGCCCGCCGGCGUACUACAGGCCCAAUUCAGAUAACCGGCGCCAGGGUGACAGAGAGAGAUUGGCUAGUACUGGUGACAAGGGAAACAUGUCCAUGGAAUCUGCCAAGGAGACUCGCUACUGUGCGGUGUGCAAUGACUAUGCCUCAGGCUACCAUUAUGGAGUUUGGUCCUGUGAGGGCUGUAAGGCCUUCUUCAAGAGAAGUAUUCAAGGGCAUAAUGACUACAUGUGUCCGGCCACUAACCAGUGCACGAUCGAUAAGAACAGGAGGAAGAGCUGUCAGGCCUGUCGGCUACGCAAGUGCUACGAAGUUGGAAUGAUGAAAGGUGGGAUUCGGAAAGACCGGAGAGGAGGGAGAAUGUUGAAGCACAAGCGCCAGAGGGAUGAUGGGGGAGGCAGGAAUGAAGCGGGGACGUCUGGAGAUAUGAGAUCAGCCAGCCUUUGGCCAGGCCCGCUCUUGAUUAAGCACACCAAGAAAAACAGCCCAGCUUUGUCCCUGACAGCUGAUCAGAUGGUCAGUGCCUUGUUGGAGGCAGAGCCUCCCUUAAUCUAUUCUGAGUACGACCCUACCCGGCCCUUCAGUGAGGCUUCCAUGAUGGGCUUACUAACCAACCUGGCUGACAGAGAGCUGGUUCACAUGAUCAACUGGGCCAAGAGGGUGCCAGGCUUUGUGGAUUUGACCCUCCAUGAUCAGGUACACCUUCUGGAAUGUGCCUGGCUAGAGAUUCUGAUGAUUGGUCUCGUCUGGCGCUCAAUGGAGCACCCAGGAAAGCUCCUGUUUGCCCCCAACUUGCUGCUGGACAGAAACCAGGGGAAAUGCGUGGAGGGGAUGGUGGAAAUCUUUGACAUGCUGCUGGCUACGUCAUCUCGGUUCCGAAAGAUGAACCUCCAGGGAGAGGAGUUUGUGUGCCUCAAAUCUAUCAUUUUGCUGAAUUCUGGGGUGUACACAUUUCUGUCCAGCACUCUGAAGUCUCUGGAAGAGAAGGACCACAUCCACCGUGUGCUGGACAAGAUCACAGACACCUUGAUCCACCUGAUGGCCAAAGCAGGCCUCAGUCUGCAGCAGCAGCACCGGCGCCUGGCCCAGCUCCUUCUCAUUCUCUCCCAUAUCAGGCACAUGAGUAACAAAGGCAUGGAGCAUCUCUACAGCAUGAAGUGCAAGAACGUGGUGCCUCUGUACGACCUGCUGUUGGAGAUGCUGGAUGCUCACCGGCUGCAUGCCCCGACCAACCGUGGGGGCGCCCCCAUGGAGGAGACCAACCAGAACCAGCUGGCUACCAUGGGUUCCACUUCAUCGCAUUCCAUGCAACCCUAUUACAUCACUGGGGAGGCAGAAAGUUUGCCCACCACUCUGUGAGAACGCCCAGGUCCCCCAAGGUUCUGAGAAUCCCUGCAGCCUUCUCCCACUUCACGCAUCACUUCAGCGGAAUUCUGUCUCUCCUUCCACUCUGGCAUGCCUCCAGCACAGUAGUUUUCUCUGACGAGUGGCCAUUCAUUGCUUGUUCGGUUCUUAGUGGCACAGCUUCCAUUGGGAACAGCCAAAGGGAUUCCGGGGCUAAAGACUUGGUAACAGCCUCCUGACCCCUUUGCUCGAUUACUAAGACUCAGUCUAAAAGCUGGGGCUCAGAUGACUUUGUGCAUUUAAGCUACUUGUUGAGACUCAGGCCUGGAGAGGUGGACCUUUCACCUCUGUGAAGCACUUUUUAAUGGUUCGAAGCCUACGCACAGGAAAGAAUUUAAAGCAGCUCUUUUUUUGCUGACUUGGAGAAAGCGAGGUCAAAGUUUCAUCCUCUUGUGUUCCUAUAGUAACGUAUCAUUUUAUUAAAGUAAUACCUUGAAGCUUGUGCCCUUUUGCAUGGCUGUAGCAGAAUACUCAGUGAUUGUUCAUUUCCCCUAUAGGAAUACAAGAUGCACACAGGGAUGUAAGAUGCCCUAAUUGUCCAACUAUGUCAACUUAAUACAACACACCUUCAGCCUUGCUGAACACUCUCCCAUUGGCUUUUGAGAGCACGAAGCACAGGCUGUGGGCUCUGGUUAAUUCUUGCUUCCCAUGGCUCUGUGGAAAACAGCAAGUUGAUCCCAGUUAGGUCACCUCCACAUAUACCCGUCGCCCUAUAUCGGGGAUAAAUUUUUCUUUUUUUAAAGAAAGUCUUCUCCCCCCAGGACGCGCAGUAGAAUCGGCUUCAGGAUCUGUACUGGUGUUGUCUCACAGUUACCAGCAGAGGGUGCUCUGCUUGGCUUGUCAGGGUGGACCGGUGACUUAGAAAGGAAUUAGUCACAUAUAGUGCCCCUGCGUGCAACCAAGGGCAGUUUAAAUGAGCGGGCACCCUGGUGAGGCUUUAAUACUGGGGCACUGGGCUGACUAGUGAAAGUACUAAGGAACGAGAAUGAAAUCAGGGUAGAAACUGGGUGAAACUGUGAGGCUCAGGCCGCCUUGUGAGCAGAGCUCACAUGUGCACUGGGAGUGGCUCUGGCAUCUCCAAGGUGUUUGCUUCUGCUUCAUUGCUGAACUGGCCCUGGUCGGAAAGAGCAGCAGUAGACGGCUACAUUCCUGCAUGCCCGUGGCACGCUGAGGGGUAAGGGGGGACCGUGGAUGAGGCAGGGUCAGGAGCGCUCCCUCCUCACAUGCCCUUGGGUGUUGGAGCUUAAAAUCGGGGUUUGGCCCUGGGAAGAAAAUACCCCCCUACCCACCCCGAGUUCAUGUCCUUAAUGUCAUAGGCCCAGGCAGUGAGACCAGCAGGGAGCCUCAGGGAUCGUUUGACUUAUGGGCUAAAAAAGAAAGGCUUGCCCCAGCCACAGGGCCCCUUCUCCGGGCCUUUGCUUCUCUAGAGCAAACUGGGGCUCAUUGUCUUUUCUCAGCUAAAAACAAAGUGUGGUUUCUCCAUGACCUCAUUGUCUAUAAUCCAAACCCAACAAUCCAGAUGAGCUGCUAGGGCUUCUCCGGGGAUCCCUGUUCCAAAAAAAAGUGGAUCUCAUUCAAUUCCGAUCGCUCAAUAAGUGAGCACCAAAGAACCGAGAAACUGGGCGGGCAAUUAAAAAAAGGAGGCGGGGGGGUUUCAUAUCUGUGCACCUACAUUUGGGGGGCAAUUUUAUGUAUCUGCAUUAAGAGUAUGUUUAGAACAUAAUUCUUUUGUUGUCUUGUUCGAGAAGCACCUUCCUUAUAUAGUUAUAAUAUAUAGUUUUUUGAAGUUGCAUUGCUUGUUUAUCAGACAAUUGAAUGUAGUAAUUCUGUUCUGGAUUUAAUUUGAGUAGGUUAAGAUGCAACACCAACUAACAAACAAACGAGAUAUUUACUUCUUUUAUAUACUUUUCAAGCUACCUUGUCAUGUAUGCAGUCAUUGAUGCCUAAGGCCUGGUGAUUGUUCAUUUAAAUGAAGAUCACAUUUCAUAUCAACUUUUAUAUCCACAGUAGACAAAAUAGCACUAAUCCAGAUGCCUAUUGUUGGAUAUCGAAUGAUAGACAAUCUUCUAUAGCAGAGAUUAUGCCUGAAAAGGAAAAUUAUUCAGGGCAGCUAAUUUCGCUUUUACCAAAAUAUCAGUAGUAAUAUUUUUGGAGAAUAGCCAAAGGGUCAGUGGGUUCUUUUUAAUGUUUAUACUUAGGUUUUCUUUUAAAAAAAAAUAAAAACAACAAAAAAAAAAACUUUAGGACUAUAGGUGAUGUAAUACCAGCUAAAUCCAAACAGUCGUACAGUGGAGGGUUUUACCAAUGUAAUUCUUCAUUUAAUGUGUUUGUAUUCAUGUUAAGAUACUACUACAUUUGAAAUGGGCAGAGGUUAUCAAGCGGCUGGAAUGUUAGCCCAGAGGUCUCAAAUCAUUUUAGAAUUCUCUUCUUAUUCUUAUGUGAAGUGCCACUAAUGGACAGCUGAUAUGUUCCAGCUGAUGUUACUAUUGGGUAGAGGGCAUACACUGGAGGACUAUUGCUUGUGGGUUUUCCCCACUCCGAGGCAAUGUAAGUUUCGAAAGACAUGAUUGAUCCACCUAGGGGGUGGGAGUAGGGUGGGAAAGUAGGUUCAGGGACUUGGAGAAUGUGAAAUAUAGUAAUAAGACUAUUGAAAGUAUUUUAAGACAGAUCAAUACUGACGCCUGAUGUAUGCAGCAGGGCUCAGUAUUCCACUUCUGUGCCGUAAGCCACAAAUAACUAGCUCUAAUUAACAGCCUUUUCUAAAAUGGUGCCUUGGGUUCUAGGGAAGAAAGAAUGCCACCAGCAGUACAGUUCAAGGAAUAGCUCUAUGGUCUGUGUUUAUUUUAACUGUUGCCUAGCUCUACGCUUGCUGUAAUGACUUUGUAAUGCUAUCAUGCAGCAAAAAGAGAAGCUAGGUCAUCCAAAGAGAAGACCCUAUGUAGGAUGUAAAAUCCAGACCCCAAGGAAGUGCAGUCUCUAAUUAGAUUUCCCUAAUACCCUUGCAAGUAUGUUUUACCAUGCCACACCCCAAGCCCUUUUGAACAAAUAAGGGACUUACUGAUAACUUACUUUUGAUCACACUAAGGUGUCUUCACGUGGAAAUGGUCAUUGACUGAGGCCAUUGGUUUUAAGCACCCCUAAAGGAAACUGAUUCUAAAUCCCUUCCUGUUCAUCCUUUCCAACUCCACGGUGGACAGUGGAUGCGGGGAACGAUCACCAGGACUGCAGUAAUGUCUAAUAAAAAUAUUCACCAGCAAAUCUGCUUGGGGGGAACUAAUCAUUUCGAAUGGUCAGUAGUAAAUACAGUAGCUUAUAAGGCAACCAUGAUUUCUUUGGUGAAAGUCUCGGGAAGUUGAUCCAGAUUUCACUGCAUCCUUCCUACAUUAACUCCCUGAAAACUUACUCUCUGCUGGGGCAAAUGAAUUCAACUAUGGUCCCAAAUAUCCAUCUAUUCAUUAGUGUGAUUAUGCUUUUUCUAACUGCAUUUCCUUUCCAUUUGAAUUAAAGUGCGGCCUCUUUUGAAGUCAUUUAAAAUUGUUUUCUAAGUAAUUGCUGCCUCUAUUAUGGCACUUCAAUUUUGCACUGUCUUUGAGAGAUUUAAGGAAAAAAUUCUAUUCUUUUUUUUUUUGCAUCCAAACGUGCCUGAAUUUUUUGAAUGUGUAAAUGUUGCUGUGUUCCAAAACCAUCCUAAGUGUGUUUGUACAGAGCUGUGCACCCCGGAAACAACAUACAGUCCCAUAAGCAGGUGCCUGAGACACGGACCCCUUUGCAUUCACAGAGAGGUCGUUAAUUACAUAGAGACUUGAAUUAAUAAGUGACAUUAUGCCAGUGUAUGUUCUCUCACAGCUUAUAAGCAAUGCCUUUCGUGCACUACAUAUUCUUCAGUGUAGAGCUCUUGUUUUAUGGGAAAAGGCCGCAACGCCAAAUUGUGUUUGAUGGAUUAACGUGCCCUUCUGCUGACGCCUACUAUUAUUGCUGUGAUUCCGUUUCUGUUGCAGCUUUGCUUUGUUUAAUGAAACACACUUGUAAACCUCUUUUGCACCUUACAAAAAAAGUACAAGAAUCCAGUGGGUUGCUCAAGCACCUGUAAGCAAUUUUCUCAACCUAUUUGAUGUUCAAAUAAAGAAGUAAACUGAAGACAAGAGGUUUGGUUUUUGUGAGUUUCACUUCUCAUUAAUGGCGCACCACUGACCACCUCAAACCAAAGUUAUCAAGUGUGUCUGUAGAACA